UUGAAAUUAUAAUACAGUUACAAGUCAGUCCAGAGCCUUCUUUAAUAGCUCCCACCCUUAGGAAUGUUGAAAAAGAAGUGAAUUCCCAAACCUGUGUCAAGAACCAGUGAUUUAAAUGUCUUUGAAAGACUUCCUUAGUCUAGUCAAUGGCGAUAAAUGAUAGCCCAUUUCCAUGCUGCAUAGUUGUUAGGGUUUAUAAAGUUGUCAAUAUGUAAAAGUGCAAAAGCGGGUAAAACUAUGUAAAAUUGCCUAUAAAUUUUCUAGUUUUCAUUAUUUGCACUAUUUACCUUUGCACUUGAUUUUUUGGAAGUUAAGACUAGUCACUUUCACUUUUGUUUCUAGUCUUUUCUAAUUUCUUACAGAGUUAUGUUUUUAAUAUCCCACCCAAAGCAUGCUUAUAUGCAAUUAAAUAUGCUUUGUAAAUCCAAGAAAACAUUACAUAGUGUUAGCUAUGUGAAAAAAAAAUUGUUUCGAUGAAAUUUUUAAUAUGGACCUUUAUUUGCCAAUAAAAUCCUUUGUAAAUGUGAGCUUUAUUCAACUAUUUGAAUAGACAAAGUGAAAGCUUAGGAUAGAAAUACAUAUAUAUAAUGAUGUCUUUGAGAUCCAACUUCCAGCCUGAGAUGGCUUGGUUUUGGAGUGAUUUGUAUUCACUGAAAUCAAUGAGAUUUGAGUCUAGCUGGGUAUUGGCUUAAAAAUCUGGAAGUGAAGUGGGUGGCAAGUGGCAGCUCCCUCUUUCAUGUAGUUUUCCAUAAUGCUCAUAGAGUUUUCUCAUGGUCAGUGUGAUAUGACUGGUAUUGAAUAAUUAUAUUAAAUGAAUAUUCCUUUUUGGAAUUCAAGGUUGACUCACUUUUUGAGGGGGGUGUGGCAAGGGAUAAGAGACUUUAUUUUAACUAGAGGCAUUCUUAUAACGUAAAGAUGUGCUCUAGAAAGAAUAGGAGGACAAAAAGUAUACCUAUGAACAUAUAUUUUGUCUUAGUGAAAUUGUGCAACACAGGUUCAGAAUUGUAAAAAAAAAAAAAAAAGGUUGAUAGUUUUGUCAAUAGUGUGAAAAUGUGUUUUGGCUAAAAUUAUUUUUGUAAGUUGUUUAAUUAUUUCAUUUUAUAUUCCCUUUCCCAUAGCCUUUUAGGCAAUUCAUACUUAAAACCAACAAGUAAGAGGCCUCUCUUCAGAUCUGAUUUAUUUUUGGAAUGCCAGAGUGUGUUUUUGGAUUGGGGGGAGCUGGGAGUAAUGUUUUAUUUCUUGACAUGCUCUUCUCAGGCAUGUCUGGCUAGUCAUUCUGGAUCUUAUUGUUUGCAAAUUGUGUUGAGAAUUCAGUGAUGUAUUUGAAAAGAGAAAGUCCUCUAUGAUAUAGUGUGAAUGUUUGUGGCUGGAGCCUUGUAGCUUUGUUUUUAAUUUGGGUAGAAAGUUAAAUUUCCAUUGUUCAGGUUUUAGGCUUAUGUAGUGGAAUUGUGCCUGGUAGUUGUCUAAAUAUGGACCAAUUUGGGGACACUAAGGUUGACAAAUGUGUAUCUGACUCCAAAUAAUCCUUUACUCAAAACUAUAAAUUAAAGGCUUGCAUCAUUAGAGUUCUCAAGUUUUAUGUUGACAAAUCUUUAGAUGUGGAUGAUGAUCAGCAUUAUAUCUAUGAAUUUCCUUUGGGAAAAGAGAAAAAUUCAGUCUCCAAACUUUUUCUUAGAGACUAAAUAUACCCUAUAUGGAAAAUGAAAAAUAUUUUAGAAAGUGGCUUUUAUUAUUUUUAUGGAGUUUAAUCAGUUUAAUUAAUUAUUUUUCCUAGUUUGAAGCACUAUUCACAAAUGUGAAUAAAGGGAAAAGAUCGGCAAUUUGCCCCCCACCCUUUAGGCUCUUUUUAGUUUUCUGCCCCCAUUUCCCAAUCCUGAUAUAAAAUGAAUUACGGGUAUUGCUCUAAGUACCUAUAACCCGUUUUUGGGGUUACAGAUUCCUUUGAUAAUCUGAUGAAAGUGAUGGACCCUCUCCCCAGAAAAAAAAUGCACAUAGGUAAUUUUGCAAAUAACCUCAGGGGCAUCACACAUCUUCUGAAACCCAAGUUAAAAGAUCUCGCUCUAGGUAACUCUAUAGAGAAAAUUUUAAUUCAGUUGAUAAAAUUAAUAACUAGCUAUUGGCUUAAAACAUAUCUGGAAUUACUGUUACAUGGUGGCCCCGAUUAGCAAAAUAUGACAUUGCAACCAGCUUUGUUAGAUAUUACAACAUCAAGACAGAAGGAAGAAAGCAAAGUUUUGAGAGCUAUUUAUAAGGAGUCAGGGCAUCUCUAGACAUGGGAGCCAUUUCUGGUUCAAGGCAGAGGUCAGAGUGCCUGAUAGCUUCUGGCAGGGUAGAGUUUGAUAAACCACAAUGCUCAGGAUGCCAAGGGGUUAGCUAUUAUCUUAACCCCUUCCUCACCAAAAGAUUUUAGUUUUGUCUAUUGGGAAACAAGAUGUCACUAGGAAAAAAAGAUUUGCCUUACAACUUUGCUGGAACACAUCAGUUUGGUGAUAUAUGGGACACCAGUAUUAUUUUUGAGAAGGUGCAUAAAACCAAAGUAAGUUAUUCUCUGUGUAGAACAAUAUUUAUUAGUAACAUUUCUUUGGAUGUAUUCGCUUUGACAGUUUUUACCAGUAAAUAUUAGUUUUAUUUAAAACUGGGAAUCCAGUUUAUAAAUAGGAUAGUUGGUAUAUCUGUUCUUUCCCCCAUGUGAAGAAUAGUUUAAAGAUUUAUGCAUACUUUUUACUUUUCUCUCCUGAUGCCAUGGAAUGGGGUGGGUGGCGGGGUGGAGAUCUUUGAGUCAACAACUGACAAGAUGUCUUCUCCAAAUUUAAAAAUUGAGAAGCAGCACUUUAAGUCUAACUCUACACCAUUUUAGUGCAUGUAUUAGUUUUAAUAAUGAUUUUUGGUGCAUGCCUUUGGGCUUAUUCAAAAGUGUACAAUAGGAAAGUAUAUUUCCUUUCUUAGAAAGGAGAUGUUUUUCUACUUUGCAACAUGUGAUUACAAAAAUCUUCCUCUGUGGGAAGAUUAACCAUGUAUUGAACUACUGAGAAGUAUAUAUUUUUAGAUAUACAGAAGGAAUCUACAUGGAGCAGCAUUCAGACCUAUAUAGAAGUCAUAGCAUUCUGUAUAGGACCAAAAAGGAAAUAACAUUAAACACUUAAACAGAUUUUGUUGGGUAGAAAUACCUUUAGAUCUUGCAUUGACUUACAAAAAGAAAAUGCCACAGAAGUUUGCUGAAAACUUUUGUUGUUUGAAUUUUCUCUGUCAGUGUAUUUAACCCAAAUACAACAGUUUUGGGUUUACACAUACAUUAAGAAUCAAUAAAACGAAGCUAACUAAAUAGAUCAGUCUGAUUUGCCAAUCCAGCUUGACUGAAAUAAGUAAACUAAUCACUUGCAACAUGAAAAACUGUCCAACUCCUCUAAGGUUUUGACAAAAUAACCUUGGCUGAUGUGGGGAGAUUCCCACUUUGAUUUCUGACCUGACAGUGAAGAUUCAUACUUCACCUGAUUUCAAACCUGACUGUGUCUGUUUAAGGAGCUAUGGUACAGUUUGCUAAUUCAAUCUCAGAUACCUGUUGAUUACCUGUAAGAUCUAGAGUCCAAAGUAGCCAGCAGCUGUAUCCCUGAGAGCUCUGUGCCCAUCAGAUGUCUUAAAGUAAGCAGGGUUGCGACAAGUCACAGCUCAGAUGAGUGCUCUCAGAUGCUGUGGACAGCCCCAGCUUCAUGAAUUGUAACUGCUUUCUUGGGAGUCAUCACUGAAAUAAUGUCCCACACGGUGUUACUUCCUGUAGUUGCUCUCUCUCAGAGGAGGCCCAGAGCACACAUUCUAAGAGCUUGUGGUACUCAGAGAGGGGGUGCUAACUCUGAUGCCCUGGCAAAAUUCCAGUUUAGGGAUGUGGGUCUUCUUGCCAUUCUAAUUGGAAAUGUGCAUUGCUUUCCAUUUUCCCUGUUGGCCUCAAUGCAAACCAACCUAGUCUGUUUCUUUGCCCCAGUCCCAAGUCUCUUAAGAUGCUGGUGUAUAUUAUAUGGGCUAAGUUCUUGUCUUACCCCAAUUGCACAAGAGUUAAGGAUUGAUUGAGCGCGGUGUCCGAGUGCCCUGUAAUUGGAGGGUAAACUCUUGUAAUACUUUGGCGAUAAAAUUGGCCCUCUUUUAAUAUAAAUUGGGGAAUGUGCACUGGCCAGAGGCUUCUAGCCAUGAGGUGUGAGCUAAAACCUAUUUUCCCUCUUUUCUUACAGCAUUUUGAGAAAAUCUGUUGGGUUUUCAGUAGUCAGGGAAGGCCGGAGUUCUGCAGCUUUAAUCUAGGUAACUGAGGCUGGUUUGAGCAAGACUUUGGUUAAUUAACUGGAUUCUCAGAUGCCACAGACUCCGUGAAAAGUCACCAUUAUUUUCAAUGGUUGUGAUAGAAUUUCCCCCAGUAGCCAUUAUUUUAAGAUUAUAUUACAGAGUUGCUUUAUUUGAGCUUUUUAUGUAUACACAAUCCCAAACUGGAAGAAAUUUAAAAAAAAAAAAAGAGGAAUCCUGCUGUGAAAGGUAUAUAUUACUCUAGAUUUUUCUUACUGUAAAUAUUGUAAGAUUGUAAUACUGUCGAUAUUUUAUUAACCAACAAAUGUUAAUCUAUGUGAAUUCAGACUUAUUUUAAAUGUGCUUCUUAUUUACUGUGUGUGGUUCUUGUUGCUGACAGUAUUAAGUUAUAUUCUGAUGUAAGAUUAACUUUAUUAAAGAAUGUAAACAUUAAUGUUUCCUUAUGGGAAAACAAAUAAAGUAUAAAGAAGACAAUUCUUUUCAUUAAAAUAUACUGUGUAUUUACACUUGCUAGACCCAGCACCACUUAUAAAUUUAGUACAUUAUUCAGAAUUUUAGUUAACACAGCUGACAUGGUUGUGCUCUGUUUGAAAGUCUAAAAGUAGGUAUUGUUGGAAUAUAAACAGUUUGUUUUUGUCUGCUGUGAAUCAUCUUGAAAUUUCUAAUCAAGUUUGUAAAAUUUUUAUAGUAAAGCAUUUUAAUGACAAUUUAAAAAUUUAUCUUCUCUAAAGAAUGGUCAAAGUGAUAUCCUUUCAGAAAUAGAAUUGUUCUUUAAUAUCUUUCCAAAAUGACUUUGGUUAAAUGGACCAGAUGUGUAUCAGUUAAAUUUUAGGACAAAGUUGUGAUAUUCUUUGAGUUUACAAGUUAAUCCUUAUUGGAGAUGUGCCAAUUAUAUAGUAGAAUAUCAUUCAUUUGCACUGUUUGGGGACCCCAUUAAGAAUGCUGAAAUUUGCCAACAAAGAUGUAAGCAAAUGCAAUUUAAAAAGUAAAUUUGAGCAUUCUGUAUUAAAUAUGUGUAGUUAUUAUCAUAUGAAGAAGCACCGUGUGUCAGGCUGUAAUAUAACCAUACUUGCUGUCAUGUUCUCCCAUCUCAGUGCUGGGAACUCACCAUGUGGAAACCAAGCAAAUGUGUUGUGCAUCAGCCGGCUUGAGUUUGUUCAAUAUCAAAGCUGAAACUAGCGAGGUCUGCUGUACUGCUUAUUGAAGUAUUGUGAUUCUUUUAGGCAUUGAUUCUUACAAAAUAUAUACUGUAACAGUAUACUUUGUACAGAUUUAAAUUUUAUUUGAAAAAAAUGAAAUAAAGUAGGCAAAAAAUAAAGAUGUUUAUUUUUCAUGUGACUAUAUAAACA